GAGUUGUUGUUUUGAAACCUCAGACCGAACAAACGGCUUCAGGGGCUCCCUGAAAACGACCCCGCCCCCGUAGUUCGCUCAGAGGAGCCGUUUUCAACGUGUCUGGGGGGCGGGAAGAAGCCCCCUCUCCCAGCUACCCCACUGUAAACCGGCCCCAGUGGGGGUCUUGCUUCCGUUUUUUUGGCUUCACAACAGUCAGAACCAAACCGUCCCGCCGAGACAGCGCAGCAGAAUUCGACAGAGACAGAAAUAAACGGGGGGCCCGCGUCCCUCCCUCGCCCCAUCCUCUGUCCUACGCUCGUCAUAGUUUGACUCCUUGCCAGAGAAGCUCUGCUGGGGGCUCAGUGCGUCUUGAAAGCAGGAGUUCCUGCUUCCUGGGGUACUUUAGCCACCCCCUCGGGGAAAGUGAUUUUGGGGGUGUCUUUAGCGAACAGAGGGACUCCAUCCCAUAGUACCUAGGGAUGGCACAUGCUCGUAUCUCAGCCAAACUGCCCCCCAACAUUGACCCUACUAAAGCCCCCAUUGCUUUUGGGGCAAGGGCCCUACCUAAGCUGAAUGAGGAGUUACAGUCCCCUGAGCUGCUGACCCGGCAGAGAGCAUUGAUGGCCCUAUGUGACUUAGUGCAUGACCCAGAGAAUGUCUACCAAGCAAUAAAACUAGGAUUCCUGGAUAACCUGAAAUAUUUGCUUCUAGACCAAGAUAGCACUGUUCGAGAAAAAACAACUGAAGUCCUUUAUAUAAUGGCUACUCAUAAUGUUGGCAGGGAUGGCUUUAUAGAAAACGGAGUCAUUCCUGCCCUGUCCCAGCUCUUGAAUGAUCCAGUGGAUAUCUGUCGGAGAAACAUGCACCGGGCGUUUGAAAUAAUGGCAGAGUUACCGGCGGGUGCUGUUGGCAUAGUGGAAAGCAGUUUGAUUUCUUCACUUGUUCUUAAACUGAAAACUGAGCUGGAUGAAAUCCAAGAGUUGAUACUGGACACACUCUGUGGCUGCCUAUGUGUAGAGGCUUUUGAAGCUCUUGCAACAGGCGCUGUUCCCAUUCUGAAGGAAAAGCUCACUCAUCCAUCAGUGGCCAUCAGGAGCAAAGCUGCCCGUGCCCUCUUGGGAAUUAGUAUCCCUCUGGAAGGAAAAAAUAUUGUGUGGGAUGAAGAGGUUAUCCCAGUGCUGGUCAGCCUGUUGGAGGAUUCAGAUCCUGAGGUCCGAGCCAAUGCAGCAGGAGCACUGAUGAAUGCCACCAUUACGACCCAAGGGAAAUAUGCAGCCCUUAGUGCAGAUGCCAUUCCACCUUUACUGAAGCUGGUCGAUGAUGAAACCAGCAAAGUACGCUUGAAUGCAAUCAAAGCCCUGACCAUGCUGUCUGAGGCACCUGAGGGUCGCAAGACACUACUGAACCAUGUGGACCUCUUUCGAGGGCAGCUGAAUGACUCAAGUGAGGCUGUAAGCAGAGCAGCAAAAAUCGCCAUCAAAGUCAUCGAGUGGAAACCUUAAACCCAGGGCAUCAUAAAGCAAUAAAAUAGCAGCAAAACUCCU